UCCCCCUACAACUAUCUUUUCAAAUUCACUCCAACUUUCUCUCUCUAAAACUCCUGUCUUGUUUUCUCUCUCUAAAAUUCAUCUUCUCAAAACACUUCGAAGCUCAAAACUCUCAUCUCAUAUAAACCUUCAUCUUCAUUCUCAUAACAACACCUAUUCAUACUUCUGUUCUUCAAAAUUCGUUAACAAUGUUCAAUUUUCUUCAAAAAAUUUGAAUUCAAACGGUCAAUUUUUCCACCAUUUCAAACCGUUUCAGCUCUGUUUUCAGAUCUGUAGCUGAUAAUCUCACAAUAUACCUGUACACAUUAGCUUUGUGUUCUAAAUUUGAAAGCUAGGGUUUAAGAUAUUUAAAAAUUAGGCGCGUGCAUUGAUUUGCGUGCAUACGAUGUGUUUUAUUAGGGUUUAGGGUUUUGGAAUAGUGAGACAGUGGUUAUUGGUUGUUGUGGCGAUGAAUCGGAGCUUCCGAGCGCCGGAAAAAGGAAUGCCGGCAGCUGCGGCGGUGAUGCAGCGGCAGCCGCAGAUGAUGGGGAGUUUUAGGAAGUCUGUGGUUAAAGAGAAGGAAGAGGAGUUAGGUUUGUUUAUGGAGAUGAGGAAACGAGAGAAGGAGCGUGAUCUGCUGCUUCAAAAUACUGAAGCCGAAUUCGAUUCUUCGAUAGGAUCGUUUGGCAUGCCUGCAGCAACACCUGUUAGAAAGACAGGCGCUGAUAAAUUUCUCGACUCUGAAAAUGAUAAGAAUGAUUAUGAUUGGCUUUUGACACCGCCUGGUACGCCUCUUUUUCCUUCACUAGAAAUGGAAUCACAAAAAACCGUCAGGGCCCAAGCAGGAACACCUAAAGUCCGCCCUACUGCACUAAAGUCUCGACUAUCAAAUUCCCAACCAGAGGCUAUAAACAGGAAUGGUAUGAUAUCUAGACAGCAAGUGCCAUCUUCCGGAUUAAAUACAUCAAGUAUCGGAAUCCGUCGGCCCUCUAGUUCCGGAGGCCCGGCUUCAAGGCCUGCUACUCCAACUAGAAGGCCCGCUACUCCAACCGGAAGGCCCACAUUAGGCCAGUCAACCAGGCCCGUAUCAAAUUCAACCAAAACAGUUUCUAACACAACAUCUAGAUCCACUUCAACAACAACAUCUAGACCUUCAAGAUCCUCUACACCUACUUCUCGGCCCACCAUGGGUUCAACCAAGCCCACACUACCAGCUAGAUCUUCUACACCUACACCACGGUCCACCGCAAGAUCUUCAACUCCCACAAGCAGACCAUCUUUAUCCGUAACAAAACCCGCAUCACGCGCCUCAACUCCAACACGUAGACAACCCGCAUUGACAAACGUAACAAAACCAUCCACACCUAUGGUUAAAUCUCCUACACUCACAAAGCCUGUUUUAAAUGCCACAAGAACUAGUGGUGGAGCGCCACCACAACUUGCUAAUUCUCCAAGUUCCAGACCAAGACCAUGGAAACCGCAAGAGAUGCCCGGUUACUCCCUUGAAGCGCCGCCGAAUUUAAGGACCUCACUUGCUGAUAGGCCCCCUUCGGUUACGAGGGGGAGGCCCGGUGCGCCCAGUAGCCGGUCUUCGUCGGUUGAGCGGGUGACUACCGGAAGAGGUAGAAGGCAGUCUUGUUCACCAUCAAGAGGACGACCACCUAAUGGCGUGAUGCAUAAUAGUGGAAGCUCGGUCCCAGUUCCCGCACUGAACCGUGCGUAUGCUAAAGCUAAUGAUAACACGAGCCCGGGAUUGUAUGGGACAAAGAUGGUUGAAAGGGUGAUAAAUAUGAGGAAAUUGGUUCCACCGAAACAAGAUGACAAGCAUUCGCCUCAUAGUAACUUGUCUUCCAAGUCAUCUCCUGAUAGUUCCGGUUUCGGUAGAUCGCUUUCAAAGAAAUCACUGGAUAUGGCUAUACGACAUAUGGAUAUAAGGAAAACAGUACCGGGUAACCUGAGGCCAUUGAUGACUAAUAUUCCAGCGUCGUCAAUGUACAGUGUGAGAACGGGAACGGGUCCCACAAGAAGUCGAACGCUUAGCGUUUCCGAUUCACCACUUGCAACAAGCAGCAAUGCCAGCUCCGAAAUGAGUGUGAAUAACAAUGGUAUGUGUUUCGAUGGAAACAUAGAUGAUGACAUCAGCAGCGAGAGGAGUGUCAUGAACAUCCGCGGAAGGUGAGAAUGUGAGAUAUCAUAAGUUAAUUAUAUCAAUUUGUAUGUUAAUUAAUCUGCUUAACCUAUGAAUGAUAGAACCUGUAUCGCCUAAUUUAGUUAUUAGUUUGAAACAGAAACUGCCUUUUGUUAAUCGGCUUGGUCAGGUUUGCAAAAGGGUUGAGUCCUUUUUUUGUCUCGUA